AUGGGGGGCGGCGGCGCGGCCGCCCAUUGGCUGACGCGUCUCUCCGACGAGCCCCCUCACCCUGCGCAGGAGCCACGUCCGGGCGCUCCGCUGGCCACGCCUCAGUCCGCCUGCGCCCCUCGGCCUCGCCGUGAGGCGCUGCUUCUCCUCGCUCGUCCAUCUCUGCGUCCUCUGCCCAGUCAAGCCGGGCGGUGGGUACGAGCAGGCCUAACAGCAGCCCCGGUGCCUGAAGCCAGCCUCAGCUCCUUCUCGAGCCCCUCUGUGGGAACACUGGCUGCCGCCAUCAUGUCUGCUGCAGAUCCUGACACUCCAAACUCAACCACCUCCAGAGAGGCCAGCACCCAGUCUUCAUCAGCUGCCACCAGCCAAGGCUAUGUUUUACCAGAAGGCAGAAUCAUGCCAAACACUAUUUUCGUUGGUGGAAUUGAUGUUAGGAUGGAUGAAACCGAAAUUAGAAGCUUCUUUGCUAGAUACGGUUCAGUGAAAGAAGUGAAGAUAAUCACGGAUCGAACUGGUGUGUCCAAAGGCUAUGGAUUUGUUUCAUUUUAUAAUGACGUGGAUGUGCAGAAGAUAGUAGAAUCACAGAUAAAUUUACAUGGUAAAAGGCUGAAACUGGGCCCUGCAAUCAGGAAGCAAACUUUAUGUGCUUAUCAUGUGCAGCCACGUCCUUUCGUUUUUAAUCCUCCUCCUCCACCACAGUUCCAGAGUGUCUGGAGUAAUCCAAACAUGGAAGCUUACAUGCACCCUCCAACCAUGAUGAAUCCUCUAACUCAGUAUGUUCAGGCUUAUCCUCCUUAUCCAAGUUCACCAGUUCAGGUUAUCACUGGAUAUCAACUGCCUGUUUAUAAUUAUCAGAUGCCACCGCAGUGGCCUGUUGGGGAACAAAGGAGUUAUGUUAUUCCUCCGGCGUAUACAGCUGUUAACUACCACUAUAAUGAAGUUGAUCCAGGAGUUGAAGUGUUGCCAAGUGAACGCUCAGUUCUUGAAGCUACUGCAUCCUCUGGAAAUGGCCCACAAAAGAAAUCUGUGGACCGAAGCAUACAGACAGUGGUAUCUUGUCUAUUUAAUCCAGAGAACAGAUUGAGAAACUCCUUUGUUACUCAAGAUGACUACUUCAAGGAUAAACGAGUUCAUCACUUCAGAAGAAGUCGGGCAGUGCUUAAGUCUGUUUGAUCCUCUGCUAACUUUCUAGUCUCACAGGAAGUUGGAGGUUUUGAAUAGUAAGAAGAGACUGAAAGUUUUUCCACUAUUUAGAGAUUUAAUUUUGAAUUUUGAUAAAUCACACUUAGACUUUCUAUACAAGUUAUAUUAGAUUGCCUAGUUUUAUUUUACAUUAGAACUGUUUUUCAUUAGACAUUUACUUAGAAACUGGUUCUGUGUUGAAUAUAUGGUUAAAAGUAAAAAUAAAUUGAGACUGAAAGGAGGAACUUUAAGAUUUAUCUGUAAGGAUUUUUUUAAAUUGACAUUUUAAGAGUUUAAAAGCAAAUGCUGAUUUUCAGAAAAAUUGUUUUAGAAAACCUAUUUUGAAAGGUCAGAAUUUUGAUUGUUUAAAUACAAGCACUUCACUUCUCCAACAAGUACCUAUGAACAGUACAAUAUCUACAAUAUUGUGCUUUUAUGAUUUGUCUAGAAAUUUACCACAAAAGCAGAGUUUUUAAAACUGCAUUUUUAAUCAGUGGAACUCAGUAUAUAGUUGGCUUUACUGAAGUUUUCCUUAUCUAAACCCAGUAAAACAGAUUCUAAACAAAUAGUCCAAUCAGUGGGUCUUACAUUUAUUAGUUCAAAAUAUUUAAUCUUAUCUAGAAUCCACACAUAGAGAUAUCCGAUUGGGAUGGUAACUAGGAUAACUAAAAUUCUGGGCCUAAUUUUUUUUUUAAAGAAUCCAAAACAAACUAAACUUUACUAGGUACAUAAGCUUCUCAGUGAGUUACCAUUCUCCUUAUUUUCUUUUACUUUAUUUUCCUUGAAAUGAUAAAUUCAAUGGCUGUAUCUUAAAUUGUGCAAAAUAUUGGUAUUGAAGAAGGCUGAAACUUUUUUUAUGUCACUUAAAAGGUAAUCAGAGUAUCUGAAAGGAAUUGUUUUUAUAAAAAACAUUAAAAUAUUAGUUAUUUGUUAAAGAACAGGUCGAUUUUUAUUUUUGUUUUUUAGCCUAUUAUAUUCCCUUUUUUAAAGUAAAAUACGUCCAGUAGAAUCGAAGUAGGUUUGGCGUUUCUAAACCACAAAAGUUGUUGAGUAAUACGCAUAGCCCAAAAAUAUACUAGCGUUAAGUGUUAACAAUCCAUUUUUAGAUUAGCUAGGCUCCUGGUUAGACAUUGUAAAUUGUGACAAACAACGAGAGAUCCAGAGCCCCUUUGCUCUACCCACAGUCUUGCUUUUCCAGUCUGUAGCACCAUUCUUCCAGGAGGUUUGCUCUUAGAAUAGGUGAUGUAAAGAAGAGAAGUAGCAGUAUAAGCAGUAUGUGGGCUAAUAAGCCUUGGAAAGGUAGCAAUGGGGUAAUACCUUUCUAAGGGAAACACUUGUAUCAGCAUCAUUUGACCUGCCAUGGACAUGAGUUUAAAGUGGCUUCCUGGCUUUUCUUUCAUUGGCCUGCCCCUUCACUAAAACAUGGAAACUCCAUUUAUCCUUAUCCUAAUGAAGCUUCCAUGGGCCAUAUCAUCAGUGCCCACUGUUUUAUAAUCCCUAAUAAUUUUCAUUCUGAAUCUGAAGGGAGGAGUCUUUUAACUUGAGGAUCCCCAAGAGAGCUUUCUUAGGCCUCAGAACUUGAAAGUGCCCUGAAAUUUGUUCUUUUUAAAAUUCUUUGUACUUUUUUGUGUGUGUGCUAUAACAUCCUUACAUGUAUUAUUCUGUGAUUAAAUCUCCAGGUUACUGUAAAUGAUACCUAAAUUCUAAAGAGCCAAUUCUGAUUAUCCCAAUAUGACCUUAAGAAAAGUAAGGAAAUAAACUUUUUGUCUGCUGUUUUGUUGGACUGAAGUAUUUAAAAGAGUAAGGUAGAAAGAAGAGUCAAAAUCCUGAACCUUUCAAAAUGGAAAAUUAAUUUUAAACUUAAAAGUGUGUUCCUAUUAUAACCUGUGCUGAUACUGUCUUUGCAUAAAUGAAUAAAUAGAAAUAAAACUUUUU